ACCUCUUUUUCUUCUUUUCUUUGCACCAUCGGUCCCAUCCGCACGGUCGGGUAGGGAAUCUCUGGCACAAUGGCCGGUCAAAAAAAAUCUACCAAGAAGUUCGAGAAGAAGCAUCUGAAGGACAUCCUCGAACGCCGCAAGGAACAUGCGAAGGUGAAGCAGCGCCACCAGCUCAAGGACAAGCGUAAGGCGGAAAAUGCCAAGAGCCGGGCGGACAGGGAGGAGGCUGCUCAGGAGAGCCCUGAGCAGGCCCAGAAGGACAAUGCCUUUGCGGAAAUGAACGUCGACGAUUUCUUCGCGGGCGGGUUCGACAUUGCAGACUCUGCUGCGGACUUGUCCAAGAAGUCGCGGAAGAAGGACGUGACGCCCAAGAUCGGCAAGCGCAAGCGCUCGGAGGAGCAGAAAGAGGACGAGGAAGCUUCUGCGGCUAGUGGAAGUGAGGAGGACGUUGCUAGCGAUGACGACGCGGCAUCCGAGGCCAGUGGCCCCGAUGCGUUCGAGGAACACAAGGACCAGCUCGAAGCGCUGAAGGAAAGGGAUCCCGAGUUCUACAAGUACCUGAAGGAGAACGAUUCCGAACUGCUGGAUUUCGGUGAUCUUGCGGAGGUUGACGAGCUGAGCGAGAGUGAAGAGGAGGAAGGACCGGCAAAGAAGAAGAAGAAGAAGGCAGCCAAGGAGGAGGAAGAGGAAGAGAAGACAGACAACACACUCGACAUCGCGACGGUGAAGAAAUGGCAGAAGUUGAUGGAAGAGCAGCACUCGAUCCGCGCGAUGCGACAGGCUGUUCUUGCUUUCCGCGCCGCAGCCAACAUCAACGAGGCGUCCAGCCAGGAACAGAAGUACACGAUCUCCGACUCUGAUGUGUACCACCAGGUGCUCGUCACGGCCCUCAGCACCGUCCCCCGCGUGCUGGCGCACCAUCUCCCCGUCAAGGAGUCUGCUUCCGGCAAGAUCAAGGUGUCACUGGACUCCAAGAAGUUCAAGACCCUCACGCCGCUCAUCAAGUCGCACACCUCCUCGGUCCACCUGAUGCUCACCAACCUGUCCGAUGAACAGACCCUGAAGCUCACCCUCUCCUCUAUCGAGCCCAUGCUUCCUUACCUCCUCCAGUUCCGCAAGCUCCUCAAGGUCGUCAUCAAGACCGUCGUCGGCAUCUGGGCCGAUGUGGCUACCACCGAAGCCACCCGCAUCACCGGCUUCCUUCUCCUCCGCCGCCUCAUGAUCAUCGGCGACGCCGGCCUGAAAGAGACCGUCCUCAAGGCCUCUUACGAGGGCGUGGUCAAGGGCAGCCGCAACACCACCGUCCACACGCUCCCCGGUGUGAACCUGAUGAAGAACUCUGCGGCCGAGCUCUGGGGCAUCGACCAGAACGUCUCCUACACGACCGGAUUCAACUUCAUCCGCCAACUCGCGAUGCACCUCCGGAAGAGCAUCACCACGACGUCCAAGGAAUCCUACAAGACGGUCUACAACUGGCAAUACGUGCACUCGCUCGACUUCUGGUCGCGCGUCCUCUCCCAACACUGCGACGGCCUCGCGGAAGCCAAGGCGGGCAAACAAUCCCCGCUACGCCCGCUCCUCUACCCCGUGGUGCAGAUCACCAUCGGCGCGAUGCGUCUGAUCCCCACGGCGCAAUACCUCCCCCUCCGCUUCCAACUCACCCGCACCCUCCUCCGCCUCUCUCGCGCCACCGGCACCUACAUCCCCCUGGCGUCCGCGCUCCUUGAAGUCCUCAACCUCGCGGAGAUGCGCAAGCCCCCGAAAUCCAGCACCCUGCGCCAACUCGACUUCAACACCGCCAUCCGCGCGCCCAAAUCCUACCUCCGCACCCGCGUCUACCAAGACGGCGUCGGCGAACAAGUCGCCGAGCUCCUCUCCGAGUUCUUCGUCCUGUGGACGAAACACAUCGCGUUCCCCGAACUCUCCGUCCCCAUCGUCGUGUCGCUGAAGCGCUGGCUCAAGACCGCCAGCUCCCGCUCCACCGGAAACAAGAACGCCAAGAUCAACCAGAUGAUCCUGCUGCUGGUGCAGAAGGUCGAGGCCAAUGCCCGCUGGAUCGAGGAACGCCGGCUGGGCGUUUCCUACACGCCGCGCAAUCGCGCCGAGGUGGAUACCUUCCUCAAGGACGUCGACUGGGAGGCCACGCCGCUGGGCGCGUUCGUCAAGUCUCAGCGCAAGUUGAGGGAGGAGAAGGCUGCCCUUCUGGAGCAGAGCAGACUGGAGGAAGAGAAGCGUCGGGCCGAGGAGAAGGAGGAGGAGAAGAGGGACACCGUCAUGGAUGGUGUCAUUAGCGAGAAUGAUGAUAGCGAUGAUGACGAGGAGGAGGGAGAGAGCGAGGAGGAGGUCGGUUCCUCGGAUGGAGACGAGGACGAGGAAGAGGAAGAAGAAGAAGAGGAGGAGGAGGAUGAAGAUGAGGACGAGCUUGAGUUUGAGGAUGAGGAGGAGUAAACUAACUAACUACCUUUCUUCCUCCUUGAUGUAAUUUUCCCAAUACUUCUUUUUCUCUUUUCAUGAUAUACUUUAUCUUAUAUCGGUUCUGGAUCUUCGGGACACGCGUG